AAUAAAUGAGAGUGGUACUUCUGUAAAUUUACCCGCACUAUAGUACCGGCAACUGAGUAUAUAUCGUGUUUGUGUGUGUCCCAACUCGGUAGUAUCCUGCACCGAGCAAACCGGCUCAUUCACCGCUGAUCUUUGCCCAGAUAAUUUGAAGAUGUUCAAGACUUUGUUUUUCGUGGCCACGGCCGUCGUUGUGGCGUCAGCUGCCGCUGUUGACCAGGAGGUGACUCGCGCCAUCGUCCGUCUUGACGGCGACGGCGUCACCGGCGCCAUCACGUUCACGAAGCAAGAAGACGGCAACGUGCGGAUUACCGGCACCGUGUCCGGCAUGGCUCCCGGCCUGUACGGCUUCCACGUCCACGAGACCGGAGACAUCACCAAGGGCUGCGGGUCUACUGGCGGACAUUUCAACCCUAAUGGCAAUGACCACGGCCAUCCUCAUGACGAGAACCGUCACGUAGGAGAUCUUGGUAACAUUGAGUUUGACGGAUCCAGGACUGCCAAUGUAGACUUUGUGGACCACCAGAUCAAGUUGAGCGGCCGUCACAACAUCCUCGGCAGGGGUCUGGUCCUGCACGCAGGCACUGAUGACUUUGGCAGGACUGAUCACCCUGACUCCAAGAAGACUGGAAACGCCGGAGCCCGUGCUGCCUGCGGAGUUAUUGGAAUCCUGUAGGGCUUUCUUUAAUUUGUAACUUUAAGAUGUUGACGAGAAAUACUGGCUACGUGUCCAAGGGAUUCAUAUAUUUUUGCAAUGGGAGGGACCAUUCUUCUAGAAUAUUCUAGACCCUCUCGGAGAAUUGCUAAAAUUGUCAUAAGUUUUUUUUUUAUUUAAUAUUUCCCGCGAUAGUUUGCAUAGAGUUAACUGUGCGGUUUUAAUCUGGUGCCAUUAUUUCUCGGUUAACAUCUAUGGACUGCAUAUCUGUGUACUAAUCCUAUCACAUCCCAUUCUACUAACUCGCUUUGAGAAUUCAAGACAUCUUUGUAACACCAUCACAAACAAUGCUUUUGAUAAUUGAAUAACACCUGUGUUCUUUCUCCUAUAUGUACCCUCUAAAGGAACUAAUGUACAAAUUAAUUUGUAGUAUAAGCACCUACUUCUAAAGAAUCUCCGUAGAGUUUGUUUAGGAUAGCAUAGAUAUUCGUUUUCUAUUUUUAUACUUUUAUGUCAUCGACUGACAGGUCUCGUCGAAUCAAUGUUGAUUUCUGUACUGCCAAAUUUAAUAAAAUUGUCUUUAUAA